AUGCUGUUCAAUUGCGACAUGUUCCCACCUGGCCUCGUUGUCAAGGUGCACGAGUCACGUCUGUUGCCGAAAAAUAUCGAAAUCGCUUUUGAACGAAUGAAAUUCGCAUUGGAUCGGCAUGUGAAUGGUGAUGAGUGUUACGAGGAGCAGUUCAAACGUCUUCAAAGGGAAAAGGAAGCAAAAGCCAACAGGAAACGUGAGCUGCAUCGAAAGAAACGGAAAGAAGCUGAAGAAAUGAGCGAAGGGUCCACUGACGAGUAA